AUGUUAUACGUUUUAAUUUAUCAGUUAAAGAUGGCAGUUUUAAACUGUUUGUAUAAGUUGUGCCAACUUAACAAGCGAAAUAACGCCGCGAAUAUGGAUAAUCCUUUAGGAUUUGGAAUUAGGAUCGAGGACUACGAAGUAGGACCUUUUCUAGGAAAAGGAGGAUUUGCAACUGUGUACAAAGCUAAAUGUUUAAGAACUCAAUUAAUUAUUGAUAAAAAAUCAAUGUUUGCUGCUGGAAUGAUAUCGAGAGUGAAGCAGGAAGUUUCUAUACAUUCAAAAUUAAAACAUCCCUCUGUUUUAGAACUUUAUUGUUUUUUCGAAGACUGUAAUUAUGUUUACCUUGUUUUAGAAUAUUGCGAAAAUGGUGAACUUCAAAGAUUUUUAAGGCAACAAAAUAAAGUCUUAUCAGAAUGUGAAGCUUAUGAGGUCCUUCAACAAGUUAUAGACGGAUUAAAAUAUUUACAUUCGCACAACAUUGUUCAUAGAGAUCUAACAUUAGCCAAUUUACUUUUAACCAGAAACAUGAAAAUUAAAAUAGCAGAUUUUGGUCUGGCUACUCAAUUAAUGGCACCAAACGAAACUCAUAUGACCAUGUGUGGAACGCCCAAUUACAUAUCACCCGAAGUAGCGACUAGAAGUUGUCAUGGACUUCAAGUAGAUGUGUGGGGUCUUGGAGUUAUGUUGUACACAUUAUUAGUUGGGAAACCUCCAUUUGAUACUAGUGCAGUUAAAAGUACUUUAACUAAAGUAGUUAUGUCAGAUUAUAAGGAACCUGAAAAUUUAUCUUCUGAAGCUAAAGAUUUGAUUAGUAAUUUAUUAGAAAAAAAUCCCAAGGAUAGAUUAACAUUACCAGAUAUUUUAAAACAUCCAUUUAUGAUGAAAUAUUCUCAUAAUCGAAUAUUAAAUUUUAUGAAUGAUUCCAUUGACAGUGGUCAGUAUACAAUGUCAACCAAUACAAAUAAUUCGCAAAAAAGUUUGACGAAUUUAAAAAAUUUGUCAGUUCGCGGUGACGAGGAUUUUCGUUCCAAGUACAAAAAUUCACAGGUCACGUCCAGGCCUUUAGAAACGCCUGAUUUGAAAAGAACGCAUCAAGAUAUCAAUACAGAAUCUUUAUUUCCUAAUUCGAAUAAUGGUCCACAUGUUUUUGAGCAUCUUCCUCGUCAGUGUUUUUCAAAUUAUCAGAAUAAAUGUGGUUCAGAACAUCCAUGUAAUCAACAAUCGAGUAAUUUUCAUAAUCGAAUUUUUUCCACCGGAACUGAUAAUAAUUUUAUCGUUGAAAAUCCCUGCUUACGAAAAUCUAACAGUUUGUCAAAUAUCGCAAAACAAAGUAAUCCCAUUUAUCGAGAAAAUAGUGAGACAGCAUUUUCGGAUAUUCGUCAUAAUGCAAAUUGUGGGAAAACCCUAAAUAGUUUAUGUCAUUGCGUGGAAAAGUUUAAAAAAGUCGUCGAUACCCAUUGCUGCACGAAUAUUCAAGAAGAAGAAGAAGUCAGAAAAAAUAACAUGAUUCACGGUUGCGAUGCUCACGGUAGCAUGCAAGGAAAAGAAUGUAAUCAAUUCAUUCAAAAUUCAUGUUGUUCGGGGAGCCAAUACAGGAACAAUUGCAGUCAGAACAAAGUUAUUUAUGCCAAUCAACAUUCUGUAAAUUCGGAAAAUGUCGAUUGCAUCAAAAGUUCAUCUGUUUUACUGUCGGAAAAUAAAUUCACAUCCGGCGAAAAAAAUUCAUAUCCUUCGCCCGAAUCGUGUCGAAUCGUAAUCGAUGGAGUAAAAGUUUUACCCAUUAAUUCGGAAAGGUUACAACCUGCCAGACAUAAAACGAACAAGGCUGUUUUAAGUAUAACCGAGUCUGGAGAAGUUGUUAUUGAAUUUCUCAAGAGGAAAGGAAAGGAAGAAAAAGUCGUGGACUGUUGUAGAAUUUCAAAAGAUGGAAUCAGGGUCGUCGUUUAUUCAGUUAACAAACCGUUAAAGGAUAAACCUCCUGAUUUGCCAGAAUUAGGAACGGAUGGAAUAUACAGUUAUGAAAACCUUCCUCAAAAACAUUGGAAAAAAUAUUUGUACGCGUCUCGUUUCGUUAAUUUAGUCAAAGCGAAAACUCCAAAAAUAACUUUUUACAGCGAUCAAGCUAAAUGUUUGCUUAUGGAAAAUUCACCGGAUGAUUUCGAAGUCAUGUUUUAUUCCGGAGGAAAAAUAAGCAAAAAUGGAAAGAUUGUUAAAAUCAUUAACGAAUCCGGGAGUUUAAGCAGUUAUCAAAUGUCGGAUAUGACGAGUGGAAAUAAUAAUUCGAAUCUUAACGUGCAACAUUUUCUUCAAUGUUAUCAACAUUGUUUGAAAUUGGAGAAAACGUUACAAGACAUGACGUCAUUCGGAAACAAAUCCCUGAGUUGUUUUCCAAUCAUCGUAGGAAGAAAACCAAGUUCCUGUGGGAAUAUAUUCAGUGCAAAAGAAAAUACCUGUCAUUCGAGUAAUAGUGGAUUUUCAAAUUUAACAAGCAAUCAUGGAUUUCUCACAUCGGUAACACCUUAUCAGUCCAGAGCUCAGAGUACGCCGAAAAAUAAAAAACGUUCAGAUUCCGGGAUAAGUCGCAGAAUUCGAGUGGCUGGAUUAGGAGUUGCCGUCCAGUUUCCUAAUGGAGCCAUAGAAAUCGAGUAUUUGGACGGUUCGAAACUUUUAUUCAAUUCGAAUUCGGGCGAAAUAAUAUUUUCCGAUUCGAAAAAUACGGCAAUUAAAUACAAUCAAAAAGAAUCCAUACCCGAUUGGCUUAGAUAUAAAUUAAAAGACAUAACAAAAGUCAUACCAUAUUUAAUAAAUCAAGAUUCUGUAUUACCAAAUCCUAAAUUAAUUAGGUAG